AUGGCAAGCUACCGCUUCCUUGUCCGGCAACUCAGCGGAUACUUUGAAGGGUGCGAGUUCCUUCACGUGCCACGAAACGACAACGAGCCAGCUGAUACCCUGGCACGGAUCGGCUCCACCGGUCAAGCAAUACCAGCCGGCGGCUCCCUCCAGUGCCGCCGCAAGCCGUCGAUCAAGCCUUCUCCAGAAUCAGAAUCUAUCUUCGUGCCGGCUGCUCCUGAAACAGUCGGACCUGACUCAAAGGCUGCAGCAGUCGGCUCGGGGACUUCGGCAGGCGGCUCGGGGAUUGCAGCCAUUGCACCCGGCCCGGGGACUUCAGAUCCAGGCCCAGGGACUGUAGCAGUCAGCCCGGGGACUUCAACGACACAGCAAGUGAUGGCCGACUCCAACCCGCCACCUCCCAACCCAACCGCCCUCGUACAAGUGGCCAUAGUUGCAGUAUAA